AUGACUAUGCGUAACGAAUUGAUACAGUUUGUAGGACAAAUUCCACCGGUGACCCGAGGAAUAUGUCUCUUAAUGGUGUUAAUAUGUUUGAUCCAACGCUUGAACGUAUUACCGUACUAUUUCAGCGAUUUCAAAUGGUCUUUACGUGGUGUAUUGUUCAAGUUCCAAAUCUGGAGGUUGUUCACUAGUUUCCUCAUCUUACCAAACGAUGCCAUGAAAGCAUGUUUCGACCUAUACGCAGUAUACUCGAAAUCGUUACAUCUCGAAUUAGUGCACUUCAGCAACAAAUCCAUCGAUUAUUUGUUUUACAUAUGUUUCAACUUUGCAUUGAUCGUCGUGCUCGUAGAAGCAUGCCAGAUCUCAUACCCAGUGUUCACUAACGCAUUCAUAGGAAUGAUCCUAUAUACGUGGACUCUGGACAACAGCAACGUGAAGGUAAUGUUCUACGGAUUAUUCCCAAUCUUGGGUAAAUAUCUAUCGCUAGUGCAUCUUUUCGUUUCGUUCUUAUUUGAUGACGGGACCGAUGGUUACAGCAGGUUUUGCGUCACAAUGGUCGGGUUUUGUGCUGGAUACGUUUACUCCUGCCUAGACACAUGGACUUACGGUCCCUUGUACGGUUAUCUGAUGGGGAAGGACCCAGCGUACGGAUUCUCUGGAAGAGGUCAUUUCAGAUCACCAAGAUGGUUCUCCUCGAUCAUUCUAUGGAUAGGACGUGUCCUAUCCAUCACCUCCAAACCCGUUUCGUCAUCAAACAGGACAGACCCCGUGACCAGAAGAAGGUUGAGAACCCCGUUAAAGAAAAGCACUUUCGCUGGAACUGGAAAUAGAUUAGGGACCAAAAUAGACUGA